AUGCCUCAGGCUUCAUCAUCAUCAUCAUCUGCACCGCCGCCCAAGCGGACAAAGUACGAUGAGCUGGGCGCCAUUGAGCCAUUCUACACAGGCUCGGGAUCGACGUCGCUGACCAGAAGUGGACGAUAUCUGUUUACGGCCCUGGACAAUGAAGUCCUCUGCUCAGACGUCGAAGAUGGAGCGGGAAGAGUCAUUGGCAGGCUAGAGCCCGACGGCGAGGAGAUCUCGUCGAUCAGCGUCACACCAAACGGUUCGCACGUCUGCAUCACGACUCGUGCAGCCUCUUGCACCUUGUACAUCUACGCCAUCAACAGCUUUGCGCCAUUCACCGCCAGUCGCACACGCUCGCAGGCUCGCGCCCACGAUGCGCCAGUCGCAAUUUCGCACGUCGACUCGACGGGCAGCUUGCUUGCGACGGGAAGCGCAGAUGGAAUCGUCAAGAUGUGGGAUAUUCACGGCGGCUUCGUCACUCACGUCUUGCGUGGGCAUGGCGGCAUCGUCUCCGCGAUCGCAUUCGCCAUCGUAGCUCAGAGGUCACGUCUGUUCACAUCAUCGGUGGACGGCAGGAUACGCGUCUGGGACCUCAACGACCGACCCAAGCAGGGGGCCCAGAAGCCAAUUGCCACACUCGGAGGGCACAUGAGCGUCGUACGAGGGCUCAGCGUCAGCGUCAGUGGCAAACGCUUGAUCAGCGGUAGUCGAGACAAGACGAUCUGUACGUGGGAAAUGAAUGCACGAGGGGCUUGGGCAUUGAAGGAGACGAUUGCCGCCAGCGAAGGGGUUGAGGCAUGCGGUUUUGUGGGCGAGGACGAGGAAGAUGUCUUCUAUACCGGUGGGACGUCGAGUCAGGUCCGCCUGUGGUCGUUUCGUUCGGGCAGUGUGGUACGACAGCAGCCUGCUGCUCCAGCAUUGAGUGGAGCUGGGCACGAUGACGAGGGGGAGGGGGAGUUGCAGGGAGUCGUAGGCGUACACCAAUCAGAGACAGCCCUCGUUUCGCUUCACGCCGAUUCGAGGAUGAUUUGGCGGUCGCCCAUCGACCUCGCAAGACAACGCCAGCUCGUGGGCUUCAACGACGAAGCCGUGGACUCGGCACUACUGGGCAACCACCUCGCUGUGGCAACGAACUCGUCGGCCAUCCGCAUAUACCCACUGCCUGCGCUCGGCGGCAGCGAGCAGCAACCUGGCAGCGUGUCUUUGCUGCCUAGCGAGCCGUCACAGCCAGGCCACACCGAGAAUGUUCUCAGCAUCGACGCAAGCGCAAGCGGGAACCUGUUGGUCAGCGGUUCAAAAGACCGUACUGCGAGAAUAUGGGCGCCGAGGGAUGGAGAGUGGCGCUGCAUCGCCGUUGCGGAGGGACACGCGGAGUGCGUCGGUGCCGUUGGCUUUUCACGCAAGGUCUGGCCUGACGAAGAGUUGCCGCGCUUCCUCGUCACGGCCAGUCAGGACCGCACUGUGAAGGUGUGGGACCUCUCACCGCUCGCAAACGCCACAUCAUCGCCCCUUCGGCUGCGCAGCUUGGUCACCCUUCGCGUUCAUGACAAGGCCAUCAACUCGCUCGAGGUUGCACCAAACGACUCGCUGCUGGUCACGGGCUCGCAAGACCGCACUGCCAAGGUCUUUAAGCUCGCCUACAGUCCGCCUUCGAAGGCAAAUUCGCAGACAGCCAGCGCCAAACUUUCCCCGCUCGCGACGCUCAAAGGCCACAAGCGCGGCGUCUGGAGCGUGGCGUUUUCACCCGUGGAUCCGGCCAUCCUGACGACAUCGGGCGACCGCACCGCCAAGCUGUGGUCUCUGCGCGACUUUGCCUGCGUCAAGACGUUCGAAGGUCACUCCCACUCGGUACUCAAGGGGCGCUUUUUGCAGGGCUCCAAGGGCACGCAGAUUGUCACGGCAGGUGCGGACGGCUUGGUCAAGCUGUGGAACGUGCGCGAUGAAGAGUGCACAACGACGAUGGAGGCGUCGGAAGACCGUAUUUGGUCGGUCUCAAGCUUCGGGAGCGGUGAGGGCUUGGCAGUCGCUGGCGCGGACGGUCAUCUUCGCUAUUACAACGAUGUGACGGAGCAAGCUCAGCUCGAGGAGCUCAAGGAGCGCGAAAAGGGCGUCGAAAGGGAGCAGCACUACGAGAACCUCCUCGCCGUGCACGACUACCGUGGGGCGAUUUUGAUCUGUCUCGCUGAGGGCCAGCCGAAGCGUCUGCUCAACCUCUUUACGAAGGUGGCUGCGUCGAAGCGGGCGCGCGAUGUGACAACGAGCUUGAUGGACUUGGCCCUCGCCGACGACAACGCAGCCGCACCCGAAGAUAUCACGGGUGUGGACGAAGCUCUCGCCACGCUUCCCGCCUCUCACCUCGGCCAGCUGCUCAAGUACAUUCGCGCCUGGAACGCCUCGAGUCGCACGGCGGGUGUGGCGCAGGGCAUCCUGCACUGCCUGCUCCGAUCGUACAGCGCCGACGAAUUGUUGGACGCUGGAGGGGACGAGGCAUUGGAUGCGCUCAUUGCGUACAGCGAGAGGCACUACGCUCGCGCAGAGAGGAUGCUGAUCGAGAGCGCGGUGCUAGACUACGUAGUGAACUUGAUGGGCGGGAGUGGCGAGGAAGGCGAGGCGGUCACGAAUGGCAACGGCGCGCAUGCGAGUGAGGACGGCGAGGGGAUGGACGAGGAUGACGAGAGCAGCGACGGAGAAGCUAGCGAGUUGGAUAGCAUGGACGAGGAUUGA